UCCCAUUCGAAUCAAAAACCCGCUAUUUCCUUUUCUUUCUUUCUUUCAUCUAAAUCUUAAAUUCCUUCCCCCGGCUCAUUUCGAUUAUUCAUUAUUCUGCGAAUUUUGUUCCUUGUCAUUUUGAUUGAAUCAAAGGUUUCGUAGCAGUGAAGCAUAAAAAUGGAGGGAACUGUGUUUACCCCAUCUUUAGAAGGAAUGAAGCAUGUCAAGUCUGAACAAGGAGAAAUGCUGACGAAGCCUUUCUUGGAUGUCUGCAAGUUGAUCUUGCCAGUUUUAGAUAAAUUUGGUGCUGCUAUGAGCCUUGUAAAAACAGAUAUUGGUGGUAAUAUAUCGAGGUUGGAAAACAAAUAUUUGACGAAUCCCUCAGAAUUCAACCAUUUGUACAGUAUGGUACAAGCAGAGGUGGAUGCUAAAACAGCGAAAGCAUCAUCUAGUUGUACGAAUGGUCUUCUCUGGUUGACAAGGGCAAUGGAUUUCCUGGUGGAGCUGUUCCGCAACUUACUUGCACAUGCAGAUUGGACGAUGACACAAUGUUGCACUGAUUCAUAUGGCAAGACUCUUAAAAAAUGGCAUGGCUGGCUUGCUAGUUCAAGUUUCACCGUUGCUAUGAAGCUUGCUCCAGAUAGAAAGAAAUUUAUGGAUGUUAUAGCUGGCUCAGGUGAUAUUAAUGCUGACAUGGAGACAUUUUGUGCUACUUUUGCUCCACUCCUUGAAGAGAAUCACAAAUUUCUGGCUAGUGUUGGCUUGGAUAAUAUGAAAGCUUCAUGAUCAAGAAAGAGAUGUCUUCAUUGUGGGAACCAGGAUAAACAGAAAAAACGAAAAGAUCUCUUCAGAAUGGCAGAGGCAAUUGAUUCCUUUUUUCACUUUUAUGUAAUGUUCUGAGCUUUUCUAAGACUUUUUUUAUAAACAAAUUACAAGUACAUUCAAUUUAUAGAGCUAUUUCCUCCUAAUAUUAUUAGCCAAGGUAUUUUCAGGUUGUAUUUUUGACUGCCUUCUGGGUCUUCCUUGACCCUAAUUUACAAAUUAUUACAUUGAACGAAUUUUAUUA